AUGAACAUCACCAACAUAAAAGCAUUGGAUGGAAGAUCAGAUCAUGUUGUUUGUAUCGAUUGUCCUACUGAAUCUGUGGCAUCUUCCCUGGAAAAUAUGAUGGUGGGUAAUAAUUUUCUGCCAUCUACAUGUUGCAUCUUCAAGACACCAAGCAUACUUUACAGGCACAAAGAAGAAGCAUACAUCCCCAAUGCAUUUUCAUUCGGGCCCUUUCACCAUGGCAAACCGAACUUGACUCAGACUGAAAAGAUCAAAUCCAAGUAUCUGCAAUGCCUUGUCGCUCGAUCACAUUCACCGGAAGCGAGGUUGAAGCAGUGCAUUGAUGUCAUCAAAGAGGUCGAGGAAGAGGCUCGGGCAUGUUAUGCAGGUACAAUCGGUUUCAGCCAUGAUGAAUUUGUGAAAAUUUUGGUGCUUGAUGCGUGCUUUAUUGUUGAGCUGUUCCGCAAGGAUGCUAAGUUGGUGUCCAAAGAUGAGGAUGACCCUGUUUUCACCAUGUCAUGUAUGUUGCAGUACUUGUUUCAUGAUUUGAUUUUGCUAGAAAAUCAAAUACCAUGGCUAGUGCUUGAACGCAUAUUUAGCUUGACUGCUAGUCCAAAUGAAGCCAAGUCUCUAGUUGAACUUACCCUUCAGUUCUUUAGUAACAUUUUCUCAUCUGAUGAACAUUCCAUUGAACCUCACCUUUUUGCCAACCAGGAAAUCAAACAUAUUCUAGACUUAUUAAGGAAGUCAUUGAUUUUACCAUACAGUGGUGAAGAUAGCCAGCAUUGCUUGGGGUGGCAACCCUUUCCUUCUGCCACAAGUAUUAAAGAAGCCGGAAUUGAGUUUCGAAGAGUUUCAUCGAGUAGCAUCUUGGAUAUAAGGUUUAGAAAUGGAAUCCUUGAAAUGCCAUCUUUGCUUAUCCAAGAAACCACAGAAACCGUUUUCAGGAAUCUGAUUAGUUUUGAACAAUGUUACCCAAAUUGUAGUCCUAGAGUCGCAUCUUAUGUCAUUCUUCUAAGUCACCUCAUUAACACUUCCAAGGACUUGGACAUACUUUGUGGUACCGGAAUUAUCGACAAUUGGCUGAUUCCUGAAGACUCGACCAAGUUCUUUAAGGCCUUAUAUCAUGAUUCUUAUGUGAAAGAGUUCCAUUAUUUGAGGCUUUGUGAGAACGUGAAUGAAUAUUGUCAUCAAUGGCAGUCUAGAUGGAAUGCUUUUUAUAAGCAUAACUAUUUGGGUAAGCCAUGGGCUAUUGUUUCUGGAUUUGCUGUGGCUACCUUUUUGAUCCUCACCUUCAUACAAACCUACUACAUCGUCUUCAAAUAA